GAAAACUAGAGGGCGCUGACGGGCCUUAUUCUCAGUUAUACUAUAUUAUAUUAAAACUAACACCACAUACAAACAAUAUCCCCUCCGUCAAUCCGAGAUAUAGACACAGCACACGUUUAUUCAUAAAGCUGCCAUCAGUGUGAAUGAACUUGUUAUUGUUAGGAGUGAUAAUCCAAUAAACCGGAAAUAGUAAACACGCCCUUGAGUUAAACCUGCAUUUUCAAACUCGUAAUUAGUGCUUUACUGAAUGAUGUAACGGUAGGCUAGGUGUAUUUGGUGCUACUGAAGUGUCAGUGUCAGUGUCAGUGAUGAAGGGAGAUUCUGUCACUUUACACACUGGUGUUUCUGAACUACAGAGUGAUGAUAUCAUAGAGUGGAUGCGUGAAGAUGAUCUCAUCAUAGCUGAAGUUAAAAACAACAAAUAUGAAAUUAGGAGUUCCAAAGGGAGACUGGAGCUGGAUCAUAAAACCGGAUCUCUCACCAUCAAAAACAUCACAUCUCAACAUGAAGGAACUUAUAUACUAGACAUCGGGGGCAGAAAUCUGAUAUCCAAGAAUUUCACCGUUACUGUUCAUGGUGGCAUGAAGAACGUAUCGGUCAUGACAGGAAAAUCUGUCAUUCUACUCUCUAGUGUUCUUAAAAUACAGGAAUAUGAUCUGAUACUAUGGACGUUUGAAGAUCAUCUCAUGGCCAAAAUUAAUAAAAUGACAAAUCAGUUCUUAUUAUAUGACAGUGCUGAAGGGAAAUUUAAAGGAAGAUUGGAGCUCAGUCGUGAGACUGGAGAUCUCACCAUCAGUGACUCCAGAACCACAGACUCUGGAGAUUAUCAUCUACACAUGAGCAACAGAACAUUCACCUUACAGAGGACCAUCACUGUUACUGUCACUGGUCUUCACCCAGGUUAUAUAGCACUGAUAUGUGUUUGUGUAGUGUUAGUGACAUUGCUUGUGGCUCUUGUGACUUACUAUCGCUGCAAAGAUAAAGAAAUUAUCUAAGCAAGGAACUCCAGUGCGGUAUCAGUGAAGAUCAAUUGAAUCAACCUCAGGAUCAGCAUGAAUCCAUCCAUAACCGUACAUACAUAACCACUUUAACAAUAUAAACAUGGUUAUGCUGUGCAAAUGAACAUGAGCUGUAUUUGCUAUAACAGAUAAGCAAGGUUUGGUUGUUGUUACAUUACACACUCAUCAGCAUGGGCGACAUUAGGGGGGCAAUUACCCUGCGAAUGUCAGUCCCGCUGCAAUUGGAGCAGUCAGCCAACCCAGUGUGUGUUUUUGAGACAUUGAACAAUGUAGCCAAUCAAAGAUGUAUUUGUUGAUCUCCUCAACGCAGUAGCCAAUCAGAAACGUUAUUUUUCAGAAUUCACUUACUGUUGAAAGCGCUGGAGUUUUGCACACUUGUGAAUCUCAUCAGUGCUGACAUGAUGUAGCCUAAAUAAGAGAUUCAUUGUGUAGUUCAGAGCGCUUCAUUGAUUAUAACAGAACCUUGUGAGAUCACAACGAACUAAAAUGAGCGGUACUUUUAGUGAUAAUAAUUGGAGUGCACUUUGCAUGCUUUCUAGGCCAUAAUCCAUUCAGAAUUGAUAUGAAACUUUUGUUUUUCAACAUAAUUUCAUAAUCAUAAUAAUUAAAAAGCUUUCAUAUUCUAAUGAGCUUGUAAAAAUGUAUUAUUCGUUAUUCAUUCCUGGCAUUUUAUCGUUCAACAAAAUAUGAACAAUUAUUGGGUAUUUGUGAUUGGUCUUACAGGUGCAAAGUAUCACUUAUGUUCUGUGCCAUUAAUAAAUACUGACUAUUCCU